AUGAUUCCUCCUCAAUUAUCAUUGAUAGUUAAGAAUGUUGAUCUUAAUUUGGACUUUGAAGAUUUUUGUUCGGAAAUCAAAUUACUUUACCCAUCUGUUAAAAAUGUGAUUAGAAUGAAAAAUAAAUUUCAAAGUUAUAUUAAAUUAGUUAAACUUGAACUUAUUUCAUCUAGUGUACGAGAAGAAUUAUUAAAUGGAAAAAAAAUUAUUAUUGGAUACAUUGCUUAUGAUAUUACUGAGUACUUAGCACCAGCAACAGUUCUCAUAUGUUCAAAAUGUAUGGGACUGGGGCAUUUCAAGAAACAAUGUUCUCAAAUUAAAAAUACAUGUCGUACAUGUGGUGAUUUAGUUGAUGA